ACUGGCAGCACUGUCUGUGAACCAGAGUGGGGAAGAAACUAGUGGUUUAUUUAGUAAUAAAAACAUUAUUCUAAUGUCUUCUCUGUAAAUUUUUAGAGAAUUUUAAGUUUUUUAAAUUAGGUAUAGUUGUGAGGAAGACGAUAUACUUUAGAUUAAAAAAUGUCAGAAUCCAUAGAAAUAAGAACAAUUAUUGAAAACAGGAACAUAAAUGCAGUUACUGACACUCCAGUUACAGAUCCAGCAUCUGCAAGCAAGGAUUUGGAAGGAAGUAAUGCAUUUGUCUGCCAAAGAUCUAAGUUGGAUACUAAAACAAGUGCAUUAAAAAAAUCUAGUCGAUAUAGAAGCCGUUCCCUUUCUGCAUCAUCGACUGAUUCUUAUAGUUCAGCAUCUUGUACAGGCAGUAGUUCAGAUGACGAUGAUAUUUCUCCUAGAGAAAAAGUUCAGAAAAAUUCAGCUGGUAGUUCUGAUUUUUGUGUCCGAAACAUCAAUCAACAUGCGUUUGGAAGACGUGAAAUAGAAAUUGCUGAACAAGAAAUGCCUGGUAUAAUGGCUCUGAGGAAACGGGCAGCUGAAGAUAAACCUUUAAAAAAUGCAAAAAUUGUGGGAUGUACUCAUAUAAAUGCUCAAACUGCUGUUCUUAUUGAAACUUUAGCAGCACUAGGAGCUAGUGUUAGGUGGGCAGCAUGCAACAUUUACUCAACACAGAAUGAAGUUGCUGCUGCGUUGGCAGAAGCUGAUUAUCCAAUUUUCGCUUGGCGUGGUGAGACAGAAGAAGACUUUUGGUGGUGUAUAGAUAAAUGUGUAAAUUCUGAAAAUUGGCAACCAAAUAUGAUAUUAGACGAUGGAGGUGAUGCCACUCACCUAAUGUUGAAAAAAUAUCCAGCUAUGUUUAAACUCAUAAAAGGAAUAGUUGAAGAAAGUGUAACUGGUGUCCACAGAUUAUAUCAAUUAUCGAAAGGUGGAAAAUUAACCGUCCCUGCAAUGAAUGUCAAUGACUCUGUGACCAAAACUAAAUAUGAUAAUUUAUAUAGUUGCCGAGAGUCAAUUAUAGAUAGUUUAAAACGAUCAACUGACGUCAUGUUUGGUGGAAAACAAGUAGUAGUUUGUGGAUAUGGCGAAGUAGGAAAAGGCUGUUGUCAAGCUUUAAAAGGUUUUGGUUGUGUGGUUUAUAUUACAGAAAUUGAUCCUAUUUGCGCUUUACAAGCAAGUAUGGAUGGGUUUCGUGUGGUAAAACUAAAUGAAGUUAUACGAAACGUUGAUAUUGUUAUAACAGCUACAGGAAACAAAAAUGUAGUAACUAGGGAACAUAUGGACAAGAUGAAAAAUGGUUGUAUUGUAUGUAAUAUGGGCCAUUCUAAUACUGAAAUUGAUAUCAAUAGUUUGAGAACCCCUGAUUUAACUUGGGAAAAAGUUAGAUCGCAAGUGGAUCACGUCAUAUGGCCAGAUGCUAAAAGAAUUAUACUCUUAGCUGAAGGACGACUAGUUAACUUAAGUUGUUCAAGUUUGCCUUCUUUUGUUGUUUCUAUAACAUCUGCAACACAAGCUUUGGCUUUGAUUGAACUUUUUAAUGCCCCUCAAGGAAGAUAUAAAUCUGACGUUUACUUACUACCUAAAAAAAUGGAUGAAUAUGUAGCCAGUUUACAUCUUCCUACUUUUGAUGCUCAUUUGACGGAACUAACGGACGAACAAGCUAAAUAUAUGGGGUUGAAUAAAGCAGGCCCAUUUAAACCUAAUUACUAUAGGUAUUAACUAGAUUUAUUAUUUUUUCGUCAAGUGAAAUAGUGAAUCGAUUCAGUGUUGUUGCUGGUUAGUUUAUUACUUCUGAUGAAUCAGUCUGAAGUGUUUGCAUAAGAGAGCAGUAGUUUUUUCAAAUCUGUGUCCAACAUUGAAGAUUUGGAUAAAUUGAAAUACACAAAAUAAGUUAUAAGAUCAAAUCACCAAAACUUCCUAGAUUUCUAGUAUUUACCAUGAUCUUUUCAAUUAAUCACAAAUUGAAUCUUACAAAAAAUAUUAUAGAAACAUGGCCGGUAUUAAUUGCUAAGUAAUCUAUCAAACACUAGUACAAACUAUAUAUUCCAAGCUUUCGAACAACUAUGAAUUCAUCGUCAGGGACUGAAAUUAUAGUCAAAAUAUAAUGUAAAUAUAAAACUAUGUAUAUAUACAUAUGUAUGAAUAUAUAUAUAUAUAUAUAUAUAUAUAUAUAAUUAAAUUUUUACGACGCCACCUAAAGCUACUUUUUGAUGGAAAUACACUGGGAAUUUCUUUUGAAUCAAAACAACACGUUCCUCUAAGUUAAUUUUUCGGUAUAAUCAUCUUUUUAGGGAACUUUCAGGAAUAAUAAUAAUUUUAUUUGAAAAAUAUGAAAUUAUAGAACUCAAUAGAAAUAACAAAAAACAAAAAUAUAAAUUCAAAAAUUAUCCAUUUGAUUUAGUCUAUUAAAUAAAAAGAAAUAUAUUCAAAUUAAUAUUUUUAUUUUAAAAUUACAUUAGUACAUACGUUAUUUUAAUAUUUAGAUUUCCUCACUGAUAUCCUCAAGUAAGCUUUUUUUCAUAUUUUUAAUGCCUUCUAUAAGCAUCUAAGAUUUGAAUGAGAAAUUGUUUCUGUUCUUCAUCUUUUGUAAACAAAUCAUUGUACUUUUGUAAUAGUUUUACGUUUAAUUAACUUAGAUCGUGUAGAGGCACAUAUUUUAAAUAAAAAAAUUUCCAAUGUUUUUUAUUAAAGAAUUAUUGAGCUCUGCUCCAUUAUCUUAUUUUUUUGUUUCAGUAUACAGUGGUAUGGAAAAUACUAUAAACUACUUCAAUUUUUUUACUAGAUUUUGAUAGAUAUAUUGAAUCAUAUUUGAAAAACGAAUCUGUUAUCAUAAGAACGUUAUUAUUUUCUAAAGUUAUAAUAUCUAAAUGCACAAUUUGAAAAGGUUUAGUAGCUGUUACAGUUAAAAAUAUUGAUUUUCAGUUUAGUAUUACGCUCUAUAAUUAAUCUUUUCCUUGUCAUAGUUUUAAAUUAUAUCCUUAACUUCUUGAAAGAAAUAUGAUUUCACAAAAUUAAUGGCUCUAUUCAUUGGCAAAAAAAAACAAAAAAAAUAUUAAUAUGACUCAAAACCAACAAAAAAUUACUUAAAUCAAUAACUUCUAGGAAAUAAAAAACAUUUGAACUAUAUUUGAAAUUUCUACCAGAGGCGUAACAUUGGGACAGUCUAAGACUAUCGAUUUGCGAAUUAUUGUGUCGGAUUUGCAUAUUUUUUAUAUUGUUAGCUAAAUUUAUCAAUAAAAAUACACUCUAUAUGAAUAUUGAAAGGUUUUAACUGACAAUAUAGAAAUAAUAUGAAAAUCUGAAAAAAUCAUAUACAAAUUGACAGUCCUAGACUGCAGGCGAACAGUGUGUGAAUCGACACAUCAUAGGCCUUCAGUGCAUGAAGCACAAUAAUUUUUUAUGAGCAAGUGUGUCUUACAAAAUGUUUUUUUACACAUUGAACAAAAGGUUGAGUGCUUUCUAUCGAUUGUUGAAGGGCAUUCCAUGCAGCGUUGCGCUUGGUCGGUGGUUUUUCUUCAUUGGCUAAUUCUUAGAUAUUUAGACUAUGUUUUAUUUGUUGUUGUAUUUGCCGUGAAAUAUGCGGAUUUUCGGAUCGUCUUUUCAUAUGAUCUUCAAUCAAAGAUAGUCCUAAUUUUUUUAGAAACAAUCGUCUCGCUGUUUUUACAUUGUUUAAAUUUACGAACGCGAAUAAGAUUUGACUGUUUACACCAGCUAUAUUUAUAAUAGCAUAAAAUAUAGCAAGGGGCCACCUUCAUGUUCUUCGGUUACAAGAAAAUACCGCACAUUUUUUGUCCAGAAAGUCUACUCCACUUUUUGAAGAAUUGUAAAAUUCAAUGAUUUCAGGUUUAUGUGUGACAUCACUAACCGAUUUAUCAUGGUGCAUGAAAGAUACUAAAGUUACACUCUUAUUCUUUUUUGGCACGAAUGAAACCAAGGUAUUCUCCGGAGUGAAACCAAAUAUUUUCUCGUAUUGCUCUUACAGUAACAUUUCUGUUGGUGUGCAUAAUUGGAGUAACCAAUUCUAAGACUGAGAGUAUUGGAAUAGAGAGUUUCUUAGGAUUAUCAACAUGUAAUUUUUUUCCAGUGUAAACGAAAGCGUUCAGAAGGUAAUGAGUUUUGGAGUCACACAAGCAUAAUAUUUUUAUUCCGAAAACUGCAUUUACCUCGAAAUCCAACCAAUAUCUCGUCAACAGUAGUGUAAGCAUUUGGUGUAUAAUUGUCAUUGCAAUUAUCAAUAAAUUUCUGAAAGAGGUCAGAUGUAUGAGCCAGUUUAUCACCCUCUGCUUUUUUGUUGCCGGGUUUCUGCAUCAUCAAAACGCAAAGCUGUUAACAGGAACAGAAAACGCUUCAAAGACAUAGUGAGACGAAAUAUAUCUCGUCCUGUGUCGUCGGUAUCCCAUAAAGAACUUGCGUCUUCGUGAGACGAUUUGAAAAAACCGGUUAGAUAUAGUAAUCAUAAAAAUGCCUUUAGCUCUAUUUUAUCAACAUGCUUGGUAAAAAAAAGCGGUACCUCCAUAGUUUGGUUGAAGUAGUGUAAUUUUUUGAUUGGUAUACGUUAUUAUCAUUUCAAGAAUAUCGUCUGUACAAAGCAAAGACUAUGCAUCUAAAGGUGAACCUGGUUUGUUUACAGCAGCAUUACCUUUGAGACCUGGUAGUUUCGUUAUAUUUUCUUCUUGUGUUCUAGAAGGUGCCGGUGGAUUUUUUGAGCAUUUGAAGUUAUUACGACCAUAAAAGUAUUCUCUCAUUUCAUCCUAAAUAGGUUCUUCAUCAAUGGAUCCUUCAAUUUCCGUGUCCGUUUCAUGCUCUGAGUGCUCACUUUGCACUUCCACGUCACUAAUAUCGUCAAAAGUGUUUUCGAGGACCACCUUAUUGUCACUCAAGCUUUCCAAGCUAUUAGCAAUAUCUUCCAGUUCUUUAUCACUAAGAUAUUUCGUCAUUUUGAUGUAAAUACCGUUUUGCAAUUUACGUAUUUAACUGGUAUGGUUGGGUCAAAAUUGGCCCGCAACGACUACACAGCUUGAACGAUAAACGGGAACUGAACUUCUAGUGUACUGCUCGGUAGAGCAAUGAAUACUGGGGGAAUACGUUCACGCGCGAUAUCGAGUGAUGAUGCCUACUCAGGAACAAAUUACAUGCUUGAAGUUGCUCUGGGGCAUCGUUCACCCAACCAUACCAGUUGAGGGUUAACAAAGUGAAUAUGGGAAUUUCCAAAGUAAUUUUAAAGAACACAGAAUUUUUCAGAAAUAGGAUCUUCGAAAGCAAAAACUAUUUGGUUUUAGGUACUAUACAUUCUUAACUAAGUUAUGUGCAAGUGUCGAUGACAUUCAUACUGAACACACUGUUUACACUACCACUACACCAACACUAACAAUUAUAUUGCCUGACGCGCGUUUUGAUAAUUAAGUUAUCGUCAACAGAUACCGAAGGUAGACUAAAACUUGACUUACAUAGUCAUACUAAAUAUUCCACCAAUGAACCUCCUACCGCAAAAAAGAUUCUAGCGAAAAAAACCACUUCGGCGAGAUAUUUCACUUUUAUUCUUUUUCAAAAAUUUCAUAUUAUUUAUAUUUAUUACAUGGUUAUCACUGACAGCGUUCUCAGCAAUGGACAUUCUUUGCAAAAAGAAGUUCAUUGGUGAAAAAUUUAAUAAACGUAAGUAAAAAGAUUAUAUAUAUUUAUAUAUAUAUAUAUAUAUAUAUAUAUAUAUAUAUAUAUAUAUAUUUGAUGACUGCUUGGUGUAUGAUUUUUAAUAAAAUUUUUGUCAUGUGAAUUCUAGGAAGUAUAGUUAUCUUUCCUAAAUGUAAUUUUAGGAAAAAAUAUGUUUAAAUAAACAAACUAUGAAAAUUAUGUGUUUUUGUUUCUUCUUUUUUACUAUUAUCAUUUUGGAUAAUUCAAAAUAUUCAGGAAAAAAGUGGGUAGUCCCACAGAUUUACUUAAAGUAUCACGAAAAACCGUCCAAACACAAGAUUUUUCAUUUAUAUUGGAGAAAGUUUGAUCGGAGACAGGGAAUCACAAAUCUAUGUUUUGACCUCAUCCUGUGUGUAAAUCUUGUAUUAGACUGAUGAUUAGGAUAUUUUAGGAUAAAAAUGAAGAUGAUCUUAGCCAUAUUUCUAUAUAAUAUUAAUGUCAAUGGUGUAUCAUACUCAUAUCACCUAUAUUUAGUUGUCUUGAUAAUGUUAAUUGCUCUAACCAAAUUUACAUCGACUGGAAAUCUGAAUCUGAACUAUUAAUAUGACAUCGUUCAUAAAAUACUGGUAAAUUGGAAUUUUAUUAAUGGUGCAUAAUUUAAAUUAUUUGAAAGUAUUUUUUCCUUCUACAUUAUAACUAAAUUUAUUAGCUGUAAGGAUAAAAAUAUUAAAUUUAUUGUAAAAGCACUAUUUCCAUACUCAUGUGAAAUAUGGACAAAUCGAUUCUAAUGGCAUUAUGAUAAUUAUUUAAGUAUAAUAUGUUGAAGAAUCUCGACUCUACAGUUAUUUUUGUAGCGGUUACUGCAGAAACUGUGACUUUUCAUUAUGAAUGGUUGGCGGUUCUGCUAAUGACAUUUUUAAGUGCUGUCACCUUGACUUUUAUUUUACUUAAUGUAUUCUGAUUUAUUUGUAAUUUAAAUUUAAUUUGUAAGUUAUUAAAAACUAAACUGAAAAA